GAAAAAAACCUAACCUAGUUUGAAACACACUUGUUGUUGUUGUACGCGAAACACUCUUCCUCUUCCUUCAAACUCCACGGCGCAGAUCCGAGGAGUUUGGAAAACCCUAAUUCGUUCUCUCUUUUGCGAUUCUCAGUUUCUCUCACUUCUCUCGCUCCAGCAUGGCAGGUUUAGCUCCAGAAGGCUCACAGUUUGAUGCGAAGCAAUAUGAUUCCAAGAUGACUGAAUUGCUUGCUACUGAUGGACAAGAAUUCUUCACCUCAUAUGAUGAAGUCUAUGAUACUUUUGAUUCAAUGGGAUUGCAUGAAAAUCUCCUGAGAGGCAUAUAUGCUUAUGGUUUUGAGAGACCUUCUGCAAUACAGCAGAGGGGAAUUGUUCCUUUCUGCAAAGGUCUUGAUGUGAUUCAGCAGGCUCAGUCUGGAACUGGAAAGACAGCAACAUUCUGUUCUGGAAUUCUACAACAGCUUAAUUAUGAAUUGGUUCAGUGCCAGGCUUUGGUUUUGGCACCAACAAGGGAGCUAGCACAGCAGAUUGAGAAGGUCAUGCGAGCUCUCGGUGAUUAUCUCGGUGUGAAGGUUCAUGCUUGUGUUGGUGGGACAAGUGUUCGUGAGGAUCAGCGCAUCCUCCAAGCUGGAGUCCACACUGUUGUUGGUACUCCUGGGCGUGUGUUUGACAUGCUGAGGAGACAGUCUCUUCGCCCAGAUAGCAUAAAGAUGUUUGUUUUGGAUGAGGCUGAUGAAAUGCUUUCCCGUGGUUUCAAGGAUCAGAUUUACGACAUCUUCCAGCUACUGCCAGGUAAAAUUCAGGUUGGAGUGUUCUCUGCUACAAUGCCACCAGAAGCCCUGGAGAUUACAAGGAAGUUCAUGAAUAAGCCAGUGAGAAUCCUGGUCAAGCGUGAUGAAUUGACUCUUGAAGGUAUCAAGCAGUUUUAUGUGAAUGUUGAGAAGGAAGAGUGGAAACUCGAGACAUUAUGCGACCUGUAUGAGACUCUUGCUAUCACUCAGAGCGUCAUUUUUGUGAACACAAGGCGAAAGGUCGACUGGCUCACUGACAAGAUGCGAAGCAAUGACCAUACAGUGUCUGCCACCCACGGAGACAUGGACCAGAACACUCGUGAUAUCAUCAUGCGUGAGUUUCGCUCUGGCUCUUCUCGAGUCCUGAUUACCACUGACCUCUUGGCUCGUGGUAUUGAUGUGCAGCAAGUUUCUCUGGUCAUUAACUAUGAUCUGCCGACUCAACCUGAAAAUUAUCUUCAUCGUAUUGGGCGAAGUGGGCGUUUUGGAAGAAAAGGUGUUGCUAUAAAUUUUGUGACAUUGGAUGAUUCAAGAAUGCUGUCUGAUAUUCAGAAGUUCUACAAUGUGACCGUAGAGGAGUUGCCAUCAAAUGUUGCUGAUCUGCUCUGAUGAGUUAAUUUUGUUUAAGUAAGUCAUCAGGGUGGUGUUCUCUUUUUGACAAGUACUAUUUUGUGCUCUUUUUCUGUUACAAUUUUUAAUCAUUAGAGCUAGAAGAUAUCUGACUCUAUUUAUAAUGGAUUCUAUAAAAUUUUGUUAAUUGCUUGGUAGGGCGCUGAAGCCCAUUUUGUGUUUA